ACUCUGCAGUACGAAAAUACAACUCUAAACACUGUAUUACCAACAACAGCUGUCGAAUUGACAGUUUUGACACCUGUCAAAAAGCGCAGCCAACUUCAGGUCGGUGAACUGCAAUACCGACAACUUCCUUUCUAGUUUUUUUCUUGAAGCCGACAAAAUGGUUCAACGUUUGACUUUAAGAAGACGUCUGUCCUACAACACCAAAUCCAACAGGAGACGUAUUGUCCGCACCCCUGGUGGUCGUUUGGUUUACCAAUACGUCAAGAAGAACAAGACUGUCCCAAAGUGCGGUCAAUGUAAGGAAAAGUUGAAGGGUAUCCGCCCCACUCGCCCCUGCGAACGUAGCCGUUUGUCCAAGCGCCAAAAGACUGUCGCCCGUACCUACGGUGGUGUUCUCUGCCAUGGCUGUUUGCGCGAACGUAUCGUUCGUGCUUUCCUCAUCGAGGAACAAAAGAUCGUCAAGGCUUUGAAGAGCCAACGUGAAAUGCUCGUCAAGCCCGUUAAACCCGUCAAGGUUGCCGAAAAGAAGCCCGCCAAGACUGCCUCCAAGGCCACCGGCAAAGCUGCCCCCAAGAAGCCCGCUCAAAAAGCUGCCGGCAAAUCCAAGAAGUAAAUAAUUUAACACAUCCAAAUUAGCUGCAGAGUGUUUUUUGAGUGUUAAGUUAGUUCUUCCUAAGAUUUAAGUGACGUGUGUGUUGUAUACAAAAAUUAAUAAUUUUAUUAUACAAAAAAAUAUCAGUGUAAAGUCAACAACAUUGAUAAAAAAUGAAGUGAAAAACAUUUUUACAUUAAAACAAAAAAAUCUAAAA